AUUUCUUUGCGCCCCUUGAAGAAUGACCUGUAACUGUUUUGCCCUCGAAGUCGAUUGGGAUCUUGACUUAAAUCGAAGCCAAACUCAAGGGAAAACUUACUUCGUCGCUUGCUGAAAAAGGAAUGAGCGUUUUGUUGAAAGUUCUUCUCUUACACUUCCUGGAAUCGAAACAUAUAUUAUUUGCGUCUUGAAUUUCCUACGUGUCAGAUGGAUAUCUUACUGUAUACCGAUGAAAAAAAAAUAUUUCUACAUAAUAUGAAGGCUGAAAUAAUCAAGAUUAAAAGAUAGAGUGACAGAGCUGAAGCAUUAUUAAUUUUUACAGUAAAAGAACUAGAUAUUUGUCUAGUGUCAAUUCUUUGUGUUUCUGGCGAAGAACUAAAUUUUAAAGAUUUUUUUCUGCUUGAAACUGCUCUAAAUCUUCUAAACCUCUGAGUACAGAACUAUGGGGUGUGCUGGCUCUGCAUGGAUGGAUACAGAAAGGAAGAAAACGAAGAGAAUUCGGUUGAUGAGUGCUACUGAGAAAGCCUUCAAUGCAGCUAUUUUGAUUCAGAAAUGGUAUAGAAGAUACUUAGCUAGACAAGAAGUCAGAAGACGGUGUUCUUGGACUAUCUUCCAAUCGUUAGAAUAUGCUGGAGAACAAGAUCAGACGAAACUUUACAAUUUCUUUAACGACCUUAUUACUCAUCUGUUUGAUGCCAAUCCCUACAUAGCAGCCUCUGUUACAUACCCUAAUCAGCAUAUUUUCAAAGGUAAGAAUCCCUUGCUCACGAGAUCGGAUGACGAAGAUGCAGAUUUAUGGGAAAAAACUCAACCAGAUACAGUGAAAGUAGAAGAGGGAUACAAAGGUCUCAAAAUAAAGCUUCCAAUGAAAGCUGAUACUAUAGUCAAGCUCACUGAAUACUUCAAGUCUCGAAGGAGGCUUCAUGCCAAAUAUGUGUUGACGAUAAUUCAUGCAGCUCGUAAAAUUCUUAAAUACAAACCAAACAUCAACUUUGCUUCCAGUGUUCACUCCAGACAAAUAACUAUAUGUGGUGACCUCCAUGGAAAAUUAGAAGAUCUAUUAACAGUGUUCUAUAAAAAUGGUUUGCCAUCCCGAGAUAGUCCUUACGUGUUUAACGGGGACUUCGUGGAUAGGGGAUCUCAAUCCGUGGAGGUUCUAAUCUUAUUGCUGGCUUGCUUCAUAGUAUGGCCAGACGCUGUCUUCCUGAACAGAGGUAACCAUGAAGAUUUCAGUAUGAAUAUCCGGUAUGGAUUUUUAAAAGAAGUGAUGGUAAAGUACAAAGUGCAUGCAGCCAAAAUUCUUCGCGCAACAGAGGAUUUAUAUGCUUGGUUACCUUUGGCUACUAUAAUAGAUAACAAGGUUUUCGUCGUUCAUGGUGGAGUGUCAGAUACUACAAAUUUAAAAGAUAUUGCUGCUAUUGACCGGCACAAG